UAAAUUAAUCCGAAUCAAAUCUUAACCAAAUCCGAACACAUUGUGCACAAAGGAUAGAUAACCGGCGGCUUGCUCACUCAUUUUUGUAACGGUACUGCGUGCGGGAGUGUCCAACUGUUGUCGGGCAAGUACUGAGGGAAUGAGGAUGAUGAUAAGCGAGUGACAAGUGGACGAUUUAUACGCAUAGUGGAUAAUGUAGGUCGGAUUAAAUUAGUUUGUUUUGGUUAAUUGUAACAUAUUUCUUGUGAAUUGGGGACUCGGAAGUCCAGUGUCUUCUGUGAGAAUUCGUAUUGGAUUUGGAUUUGUGUGCCUGUAAACAAUCUUCUGUGGAAGUUCCAAGCAACGCGAUGGCUGAGGCUGCUGGUGCCGCGAGCACCAACCCCAAUGCGGAGAUCGUCCGUGGUCAGGUGUUCGAAGUAGGCCCAAGAUAUACAAACCUACAGUACAUUGGAGAGGGAGCGUAUGGCAUGGUUGUGUCAGCAUUCGACAAUGUGAAGAAGACAAAAGUCGCCAUCAAAAAGAUUUCGCCAUUUGAACACCAAACCUACUGCCAAAGGACGCUAAGAGAAAUAAAAAUUCUAACUCGGUUUAAGCACGAAAACAUAAUCGACAUUCGGGACAUCUUAAGAGCGGACAGUAUCGAUCAAAUGAAAGAUGUUUACAUCGUACAGUGUUUAAUGGAAACUGACCUCUACAAAUUAUUAAAAACACAGAAAUUAAGUAACGACCACAUCUGUUACUUCCUAUAUCAAAUCCUACGGGGGCUGAAGUACAUCCAUUCGGCUAAUGUCCUCCACAGGGAUCUCAAGCCCUCAAACUUGCUCCUCAACACCACCUGUGAUUUAAAGAUUUGCGACUUCGGCCUGGCCCGGGUGGCGGACCCUGACCAUGACCACACGGGGUUCCUCACGGAGUACGUCGCGACCCGCUGGUACAGGGCCCCCGAGAUCAUGCUCAACUCCAAGGGCUACACCAAAUCAAUUGAUAUCUGGUCGGUGGGUUGCAUCCUGGCGGAGAUGCUGUCCAACAGGCCGAUCUUCCCGGGCAAGCACUACCUGGACCAGCUGAACCACAUCCUGGGCGUGCUCGGCUCGCCAAGCAUCGAGGAUCUAGAUUGCAUCAUCAAUGAAAAGGCCCGUGGCUACCUGGAGUCUUUGCCGUUCAAGCCUCGCGUACCCUGGGCUGAGCUGUUCCCUGGCGCCGACGCCCGCGCCCUGGACCUGCUGCACCGCAUGCUGACCUUCAACCCCCACAAGCGCAUCACGGUGGAAGAGGCUUUGGCACAUCCCUAUCUGGAACAGUACUAUGACCCCAACGAUGAGCCAGUGGCCGAGGAGCCAUUCCGCUUCGCUAUGGAACUGGACGACCUUCCGAAAGAGACGCUGAAGCAGUACAUCUUCGAGGAGACUCUUCUGUUCCGGCAGCUGAACGAAGACGCGUAGGCCCAUCGCCCCUCCGUCAUACAACAUUGCCCCGCAAAGACUCAGGGGUAAGGCGGGCCCACAUGCAAAUCUCACCCGAAUGUAACCUAUUUUUUUUAUCGAUAAAUUUCAACGCAGCGCCGGCCCUAUGACAAACGAAGUAAGUAGUUAAUAUAGGCACCAAGUUUUGGACGGGCGUCGUAUUGGUAAAGAAAAGUUAAAUCGCUUUUCAAUAUUUUUGUUGCAAGCGAACAUAAUCGAUGAUCAUAAUUUUUGGAUUGGAUGUGUACGCACAAUUGGUAUAAGUUUAGGGUCAGGCGAGGCGGCGCCCGUAUUUGAUCUCGCUCCAUUCUAUAAUCUGCCUCGGCCGGCAAUGCAUGCCAAAUUUUAUCUAAAGUAUUUGACCGUAACUUUGAGCAAUUUAAUGUUAGUGAUCAAGAUAAGGAAAAUCAAAAGUUUGCAUGUGGAGCAUUCAUCAAUCAAAGGUCUAAUUAUAUGAAUUGUAAGUGCGCGUUUUCAAUUUGUCACACGUUCACGAGUUAACUACGAUGUUGUAUUACGUUCAUUAAGUAUUUGACGUUCGGCUCCCCGAGCCAAAGGGAGCCGGUUUGGUAUUAAGUCGUUUAAUAUAAUAUUCCUAUGAUGGGUAAAUUUAAUAUGCUAUUCAGUUGUAUUGAACCGUAGAGCUUUGAAUACACAGAUUGGAUUUCUCUGGGGCUUGCGGAGUAUGCCACGGAGGUUAUUAGGCGCGAUCGAUGAAGUAUCCUUUUCGUGUUCGAAUAUAAUGCAUAAUAAUGGUUCUUUGCAAACGCUGCCAAAUAACAGCCGUAACCUAUGUUAAGGCUAACGUUAAGUUCACUUGAAAAAUGUAAAAAAUAGCUACGUUCGUUUUUUUUUUUCUAAUUAUAAGUGAAAUAGACAAGUUAUCGCAGGUUUUGGAAAAUAUCUAUAAUGAAGACUUGAUUGUGUCAGUUUAGGAAACGGUAUGAAAUUAAAUUAAUGCUUAGACAACAUAGAAUAGAUAGGACUUUUCUGAAAUUUAUAAACGUUAAAACCUAGUCGUACAAUUUCUUGAAGGGUGUAUGAAGAUAGGCGACGGUGGAACUCUGUCGCAUGGGUAUUUUGCAGUAUUACAACGACGGACUCGCGUUCGUGUACGAAGUAGUCACGAUCUCGACGUGCGGUAGUGCGGGACAGUCGCAUCGGGACGGCAAUUUGAGCAUACGAGUUACGUAUCUAAUAAAACAGCAGUUAUGUUCAACUAAUUUGCCAACACAUAUAAUUUUCACACUUAAGAUAAUAGAUUGCUUGUGUGGUUCCGGCUACAAUUUAGCCAUAAUUAGUAUUGGCAAAGAUUAGUGUUGUAACAUAAUCGACAACACAGCGAAGCAUGUCAAACAAGAUGUUUGCUGUAAAUAUUUUUACAUUUUAAAUUAAUGUGUUUUAAAAUGUCACCGAAUAAUAAAUUAAAGCACUUUAUUCAUUAAUUCUGAUGUGAUCUAAUAACGAAUAAAUGUAUUUUCUCGUUUCUGAGUGAGGAUCUUCGUUGAAAAACUCGAUUGUUACGGCAAUUUCUGUGAAUACUCGUCUUCCUUAUUAUUGCAUGUUAGCGCACAAGACUAUUUAAGAAUAGUUCUUCAUAUCAGGUAAUUUAACGGUGUUGUUUUUUUAGUUUGUGCGGUUAAGUGGUUACCGUGACGAGUUUCUCAACGAAGCGGGGCAGGCGGGGCGCGGGGGUGACUGCUCUGACCGUUGUUGCGAUCUAUAUAAUAUGUCUUUAAGAUGUUGUUAGAGAGAUAGUGCCCACGUUUCCAGUGUCAUAUCCAGUGUGGUUCACACUUAUAUUUGGGCGAUCAUGGUCUAUUUCUGUAUUAAGACUUGAAUAACGUUGUUUGUUGAAAUUAAUUAGGGAGCAUAUUAGAAGGUAAACUCGUCAUUCUAAGUAAAAAUAUUAACUGUUUACGCUGCAAACAACUCAUUUAAUUUAAAUCUACGUAUUGUUUAAAUUUAUCGAUAUGUCGAUGUAGAGUAACGGUCAUCACUAAGGUAUAAUAACAACGUAACUUUCGAUUAUUCGUAAGUAUAACAAUGUGUUCCACUUUAUAUUCUAGACAAUACACCAUCGGCAUAUAUGAAUGUAUAAAAAGUGAAACAUCCCAAACUUUAUAUAUAUUUAAUCAUGAAAUUUAUUGAACGUUCAUAAUUUUCAUAAAACGUCUACGGUUGUAAAUUGUUAAUCUGAUGAUAAAUAUAUUGAAUUAAUAUUUCUAUUUGGCAUUAAAAUUAGUGUUAAAAUCAACUGAAUUAUGAAUUCAUAAUCUUACAAUGAAGUUAGCCUAUUUGUAUGUAUUUUUUGUCAUAAAAUUAAAAUAAUAGAAACGUAUGAUUUCUAUUGUUAGAGUUAAUGAUCAAUAUAGUUUAUAAAAAGACAAGAGUAUGUAGGUAUCCACAGUAAUUGUCAUAGAUUUGUGUAUACUAGCGUUAGAUUUGAACGAAAAGAGACAUACAUAUAAACACUCUUAUUUUAACUCCAUAUUAUAAUGUCCUCCGCUGAAACCCGCUUUCUUAAAUUUAGAUCUCGUGAUACAGACAGAAAUGCCAAUCUAAAUCAGUCUUUUUCUUAUCAAAGAUUCUUAUAGAUUGCAUUAUUUACAUGACAUAACCAAAUUGAUCAUUUUGCUUCACAAUAAUACAUAUACGGGGCAAAUUACAAUGUUAUUAUUCCCUUCGUCUCCUUUUACGACAUCGACGUAAUUCUGGAGUGUCAAUAUCCAUACGUUUAUCUAUUAAUAUCUUCUUCCUUUAUGACAAUCUAAUGCUAGCAUAUAUUAAAUCUCUGAAUAAAACGUUCCCAUUAGAUGUUACUUUGUUAAACUAGACAAUUGUUAGCAUUUAUGUUUACAUUGUGAUAAACAUUUUUAUGUGCUUUUGACAAUUUAAAAUUUCUGAAAAUAUUAUAUUGCGACGUUCGACCGUAACAGUGACACAGAAUGAAUUGAAUGUAUACGACAAAUAAAUGAUAAGAAUAUUUGAUUAAUUAAAUGUGAAUAAUUGCAAAAACUUCCGAACAUUAUUUGAAUGUUUAAAUGGAAACAAAUGAAUAUUAAAUUAAUUAGUUCCACGAUAAAGUUGAAAUAUCGCAAAAAAAAUUUACUGAACGAAUAAUCAUGAACGAAAUUUGAAUGAUAUGAAUUAUUAAAAAAAAUGUUACUGCUUGGCUAUAGAGCGAUAAGCGAAUCCAUUAAGAUAUACUCAUCUAAUGGGUCAUAGUUACGGCCGAGCAGCCACCGACGGCUCAAUAUAACUUUAUGGUCUCCAAUAAAAGUGACUCUAGUAAGGCCAGUUGUCUAUGGAAAAUUCUAACAUAUAUUGCAUUUUGACUUUAAUAUAAGGAAAUUAUUUGGAAAAACGUGUACGAUGUACUGAAAAGUGAAGUACUUUUAUUUUUCAUGUACUUGUUAAUUGUUCACUUCUUUCGAGCCCGCACAUAAGUUGGACCAAAAUGGCGGUGAUAUGCUUAUAGCCGACAACUACCCCUAUGCAAACACAAUAUUCACACAUCUGUAAACGUGUAUUUAACACGUUAAACUCAUGUGCGGGCACUGUAUUUAUUUAUGCAUUGGUUAAGCUCUCUAAGCGUAGAGAAAGUAUUACGCACGGCCGACAAAAGUAGUACACAAAUACAUAUAAUCACGUCUAUAUCCCUUGCGGGAUAGACAGAGCCAACAGACUUGAAAAUACUGAUAGGCAGGCCACUCCAUAUAUUAAGACAAACUGCUGAACGUGGCCUUUCAGUUUAUCAAGACUGUUGGCUCUGUCUAUCUGGCAAGGGAUAUAGCAGUGACUAUAUGUAUGAGAUUCAUAUAGUGACAGGUUGCUAGCCCGUCGCCUAAAAGAAUCCCAAGUUUAUAAGCCUAUCCUUUAGUCGCUUUUUACGAUAACAAGAGUAGCUGUUGCCAUAAUUGUUAGUAAUUGUAUUAAUUUUGUUAAUUCAAUAAUUUUAAUGAGAGUCGUAAAUUCCUUUGUGGAAUUCCUUAGAAUAACAGAGCUAUAACUGUGGUUGAAUAAUUGUCUUAAAAUCAUACGGCUCCAAAUACUGUAACCAUUUCAUCUCGACAAGAUGGAAAAGUAACAAUUGCCAAAGGCUAUAACAAAAAAUCUCUUGAUAGCCGAUGAUAUUAUGAUAUAUGGAAAUAAAACGUCUUGAGUGAUUGAAGUACAUAAUUACAUAUACCGCUACUUCAUUGUAGUAGUAGAAGUUAAAUAAAAGAAAAAAUGUCACCUUCCAGAUGUUUCACUUAUUGGCGGGAAACGACUAGAAAUCAACAUGUCACAGUCACAUAUUUCAACUGUAAGGAAUAAGUUUGGAAAAUAAUGAGCAGUUAUUAUUGAGAUUCUUCGCCAAAACUUGUAUUCGAAAAUUUUAAACGAAAACCAUUUUAAACAACAUGAAAAUGUAUGACACCUUACCAUCACGUAUUUAUUGUUAAAAUAUGAGUGUUGCCAUAUUUUCUUAAGUCAUUAUGUACAAAUUGGAUAUUGUAAGAUCAUUUGUUAUCUGUCAACAGUUGAAUAUUACGAAAAUUAAAUCAAAUCAAAAGAGAAAA